AUGGCCAGACAGGCGAAGCUGCUGAUUCUUUGUUUCUUACUCAGUUCUGCUCGUGGUGCAAAUCCGCCGUGGUUCCAGAACAUCUCCACAAAUCUCUUCAGCUCUCCUGGAGAUAUUCUACUCGGUGGACUUUUUCCCAUCAACCAACUGACCAGUAACCUGACUGAGAGAGUGAAACCGGAUGAUAUUCACUGCCAGAGUGUUGAUGAGCAUGGCCUCGCGCUGGCACUAGUGAUGAAGUACACGAUAGACGAGAUCAACGCUAUGCCUGACCUUCUUCCUAAUGUGAAGCUGGGCUUCGAGAACUAUGAUGACUGCAGACAGUCGGCAAUCAUCCUGAAGCCCACGCUGCGUUUCUUCACCACGCCCAACUCAGACGAGGUGGACGUCAUGUGUAACUACACCGAGUACAUGACCAGAGUUCACGCAGUCAUUGGCCCGUCCAGCUCCGAGAUGGCUGCUAUCAUUGGCCAGCUGGUGAGCUUUUUCUUGAUGCCACAGGUCAGCUACAGAGCCACCAGUGAGGGGUUCAGUGAUAAGCUGACGUACCCAUCAUUUAUGCGCACUGCUCCCAGUGACAGUUGGCAGGCCAUGGCGAUGGUGCAGCUGUUGCAGGAGUUCGGCUGGAACUGGGUGGCAGUGAUCGGCAGUGAUGAGACGUACGGCAAAGAGGGUCAAGAGCAGGUGUCCCGUAACGCUGCCAAUGGGGGCAUUUGUGUAGCAUACGAAGGGCUAAUACCAGUCUACAACAACCCGGUGCCUACUAUAUUGGAGAUCCUGGAUGGCAUAGUGAAGGCUAAAGUGGGUGUAGUGGUGGUGUUCGCAUCCUCCCAAGCAAGCACCACCUUCUUCAAAGAGGUAAUCAGGAUGAACAUGACAGGAGUCUGGCUAGCAAGCACAGCGUGGGCUGUACACAACAGCAUCAUCAGCCUGCCUGGCAUUGAGACUAUUGGCACUGUGCUGGGUUUCGCUGACAUGGCCCAACCCAUCGAUCUGCUCAGCCCGUACGUACAGCAGCUUUUCACCAAGAUGGAGCAAGAAAGGCUGCAAAUGCAAAUCACACCACCAUCUCCUGACGUCUCCCCGCUGGAGAACCCAUGUCCAGGCUGCUGGAGCCUUUCUCCUGCAAACUUGAGCAUCGUGGAAACAGAGCUGGUGCGGCGCACUGCCUUCAGCGUCUACUCCGCUGUUUACAGCGUGGCCCAGGCCCUGCACAACAUGCUCAACUGCAACGCAACCACAUGCACCAGACAUCCCAAGACUGACAAUAUCUAUCCCUGGCAGUUGCUGCCAUGGGUACAGAAGGUUUCUGUGACGUUGAAUGGAACACAAAUCAGCUUUGACGCAAAGGGAAACCCAAGUAUCGGAUAUGAUUUGUUAGCAUGGGUCUUCCAGAACCACAGUGUGAUCUUCAAAAACAUUGGGACCUUCGUCCAGAACCUGACGAUUUAUAAGAAACUCAUCAAAUGGCAUACAACCAAUAAUACGGUCCCAACAUCUACAUGCUCCUCAGACUGUCUAUCAGGACAAGUGCGUAUAGUUAAAGGAUUUUAUUCCUGCUGCUUUGACUGCAGUGACUGUUUAGAGGGAACCUACCAAAACAGAACAGAUGAUAUCCGAUGCACCAAAUGUCCUCCACGCCAAUGGUCCACGUUCCGCAGUACCAGCUGCGUCUUCCCCACCUACGAAUACCUGGCUUAUUCAUCUUUUGAAUCAGUGUCUCUGAUGCUGGCUGGACUUCUGCUGCUGUCCUGCCAGGCUGCAAUGGGCAUCCUGUUCUUCCAACACCGAGGGACGCCACUCCUGAAAGCAUUGGGAGGACCUCUGUGUGGCUUGGGUCUGAUCAGUCUGAUGGGAAGCUGUAUUAGUCUGGUGUUGUACCUGGGUCAGCCGAAUGAUGACAUUUGCCGUGUCCAGAUACUUCUGUAUGUCAUGUUCCCCACUGUGGCCCUGUCCACCAUCCUGGCUAUCUCCAUGCAGAUUGUUUAUGUAUGUGAGUUCCCGGAAAAAGCUCCAGAGAACAUGGAGAGCCUGCAAGGCAUUGGCAGCUGGAGUCUGGUGUUAGCAUGCUGUGGCGUUCAAUCAGGGCUUGUUGGCUGGUUUAUCCUUGAAGGGCCUUCGCUCACCAAGUGGGUAGACAGUCUGGAAAUUAAUUUUGUGAAGCAGUUCCUACCCUGUCCCAUUGAGCCCAUACUGAACUUUGGCCUCAUGCUGGGUUUCAAUGGCCUGCUGGCCUUGAUCUGCUUCAUGUGCACCUUCAUGGCACCAAAGCCAGUCAGGCAGUAUAACUUUGCAAGAGACAUUACCAUCGCCAGCCUGAUCUAUUGUGUAAUAUGGGUCAUAUUUAUCCCAAUUUAUGCAGGCCUGGGGGACAAAGAGAAGACGAUCGCUCAAGUAGUGUUCGCUUUGAUUAGCAAUACAGCGCUCACAGUUGGAUAUUACCUUCCAAAGUGUCACCUCCUGGUCAAGGAGCCAGACCUCAACAAAAAUGAAUAUUUCGCCUCGAUCUUAGAGGGGAUCCCACCGAUACCACCCGAGGAGCCACCACAAGAUAAAAAUAAGCCAGAUGAUAAAAAAGAUAAUAAAGAGGACAACAAAGAGGAGGAUAAAAAUGAGAAUAAAGAGGAAAGUAAAGAGGAAAGUAAGGAGGAAAAUAAAGAGGAUAACAACUGACCAUGUUGGUCUGUUGUGUCAGUAAUAGACAUCUAGACAGGGGUGGAAAAUGUACUGAGAAAUUAUACUCAAACUCUCUCGCAAUUAAAAGUGGAAGUGUCCAGCCAAAAAAUAAACAAAAUUAUGACUAAUGCCCUUCUGUUUGAUAGAAAUUAAGCCAAAAUUCUUCUGCCAUAUUGUGAAAUUUGGAGCCAGGUACACCUGCUCAUUUGGUAGGCCCCACCCUCUUCUCCCAAUACCAAAGUCCAGCACAUCACCAAGGCUAUCAAUCACUUCAUUGCUUAGUCUUCUUAUCAUAUCGUAGAAUAACGUUUUAAAAGCUAAUUUCGGGGGGAGGGGGAAUGUGUGGAUAUCAGCAUCAAGAAAAUUAACUGUUCAAAUUAGACACUGUAGACUGAAAGACAGUUUAGAGAAGAAAAGUGACAUGGAAAAUAGGCUAUUUUGUCAAUGAAACACAUAGGAA